AUGGCACCAAUACAUACCUUAAAUAGUGGAUCUACUGUUGCCGAAAAUUUUCAAGGGCGUGGAUAUAAAUUAGAUAGCACUAGAGAACGUGAGCUUGAAUCUGAACGUAAUGAGUUACUCAUUAAAACCGAAUUUUUUGCUAAUAAAUGUUCUGAUUUUAGAAAUGCCAAAGUGCUUGCAGAAACACGAUCAGAUGAACUUGCAAAAGAGUUGAAAUCAAAAAAUGAAAAAAUUUUACGUCUCCGGAAAAAAUUAAAUCGAAUCACCGAUGCCAAAACACGAAAUGACUCAAAUAUGAAACAACUCAAAGAAGAAAUCAAACAGUUACAGAGCGAAAAUACUAAUCUUGUAUCCCAGGGUGCUCUUAAAGAACUUUCUCUUACUGGCUAUCAAACCGAGUAUUACAAAAAAAUGGAAGAGGCGAAUUCUUUCCAAUCUAGAAUAAAGUCAUUGGAAGAGAAAUUAUGA